CCAACUUGUUGACCUUCGAAACAAACAAAACCAACGCUUUAUACCAACAACACCUGACAACACAAAUAUGUCCGAUAUCGACGAUAAGCCCACCCCAGUUGAGUCUGGUGAACCCUCUGAGUGGAAGAAGUACAGCUCCUACCAUAUCAAGACUGAUCCUGACCAGGAUGAUAAGGCUAGCGAGAUCAGACUUUGUAGCUUUGCUCGGCCCCACAUGCGGGCCUUCCAUUGCGCAUGGUGGUGCUUUUUCAUCGCCUUUUUCAUCUGGUUUGCCAUUGCGCCUUUGCUUUCCGAAAUCCGUGACGAUAUUGGCAUCACGAAACAAGACGUUUGGACCUCCUCCAUUGUCGGUGUUGGUGGCACUAUUUUGAUGCGUUUCGUCAUGGGACCCAUGUGCGACAAGUACGGUGCCCGUGUCCUUUUCAUGCUCAUUCUCUGUUUCGCCUCCAUUCCCACGGCGUGCACAGGGUUCGUCAACAGCGCUACCGGUCUCGCCAUCCUCCGACUUUUUAUUGGAGUCGCGGGAGCUACCUUCGUUCCCUGCCAGUACUGGUCGAGCCGAAUGUUCACAAAGGAGGUUGUUGGAACCGCAAACGCCUUGUGUGGCGGAUGGGGUAACCUCGGAGGUGGCGUCACACAGCUUGUCAUGGGAUCAGCCCUUUUCCCUCUCUUUAAAGUCUUUUUCGACGGAGAUUCCGAAAAGGCCUGGAGAACGGUUUGCGUGGUCCCGGCUAUUGUUGCCAUGGCUUCUGGUAUCAUGGUCUAUCGAAUCAGUGAUGAUGCUCCCAAGGGAAAUUACGACGAGAUGAAGAAACACGGUACCAUGCCGGAGGUUUCUGCAGCUGCUUCUUUCCGUUCCGGAGCAUUGAAUUUGAAUACAUGGGUUCUGUUCAUCCAGUACGCGUGCUGCUUUGGAGUCGAAUUGACCAUGAAUAACGCCGCCGCCCUUUAUUUCAAGGAUGAAUUUGGUCAGUCAACCGAAUCGGCUGCCGCCAUUGCCUCGAUUUUUGGAUGGAUGAACCUUUUCGCUCGUGGCCUCGGAGGCUUUGCCAGUGACAAGGCUAAUGCCAAGAUGGGAAUGCGCGGCCGUAUUUGGGUACAGACGAUCUUUCUUGCUCUCGAAGGAGCUCUUGUUCUCGUUUUCGCGCAGACGGGAUCACUUGGAGCUGCCAUUGCUGUCAUGGUGUUCUUUUCGUUGAACGUACAAGCUGCUGAAGGUGCCACCUACGGAAUUGUCCCUUAUGUCGACCCCGCGUCCACCGGAUCCAUCUCGGGUAUCGUCGGUGCUGGAGGAAACACCGGUGCGGUCUGCUUCGGUCUCGGAUUCCGUCAACUUAGCUACGAAAAGGCAUUCAAUAUCAUGGGAUAUUCAAUUCUUGCGUCAGCAUUGAUGUCGGUCUUCAUUAAUAUCAAGGGACAUGCCGGCCUCUUUUGGGGCAAGGACGAUGUCGUGCAAAAGGCGACCCUCACUGUCCCUGCGCAGGAAGAAGAAAUUGAAGCCUGAGCUUGAAGAGGCAUGCCCAAAGGGGAUUCUGAUUGUCAAUUUUGAUAUAAAAAUUUUCGUAAAACUUUUGUUACUUUUUGA